UAUCUGGUUGGAGAUCGAAAAGAAGGGAAAAGGUAACUAAGAAGCAAAAUGUGGAACGAGCUAUAGCAUCACUUAAGGGCUUUGUUUGGCUGUUCGAAGUAGCACUUUCAAAACAUGUCUCCUUCGGAAAAGUAAGUUUAACAUCAAAGAUAGAAUGAUGAAGCUGAUCAAGUGAUAACUGCUAAGGAGGAGAAGAAUAUGAAUGAUACCAGAUCAUCAUCUUCACUGUUGUUACCCUUUUGGCGAUUCUCCCGCAACAUCUUGUUCUCCUCUUCGAGCUGAGCACAGCGCUCUUUUGCGAAAGCAAGGUCGGCCUUCACCGUUUUCAGUUGACGCAAAUGAAGUUUGGCUUUCGCAGCCAUCGCAUAAGCAGCCUGCAAAUAGGGAAGAACCAUAGAUCCAGAUUUUGCCAGAUCGUGAUGAGAGGGUCGGAGAAUUGAAGGGAUUGAGCCUGCACCUGGGAUAGCCUACGGCGGCCGGAGGCGGCGGCGACGGAGGUGGAGUUCCCGUAGGCAGAGGAGAACGAAGCGGAGUGGCGGUGCGCUGCGGAGGCACGAAUGGCCUGGGCUGCGAGCGAGGGCGACGACAAUGAGUCGCCGUCGGGAUCGGGGAAGGAUCGGCAGUCCUCGACGAAGGUGGCGGACCGAGUCAUGACGUGCUUCCUCCGGUACGCCAUGGCCGGCGUCGCGGUGGCAGAGCAGCCCGGAGGCGGCGAGGCCGAGCCCUCUUUCUCUCUGGAAUGGGAAAGAAAUUUCCGUUUAUGACAAUAAAAUCGUUAGGGACGGUUUAUUUUAUUUUAUUUAUUUUUCUGAUCUUAACGAAUUCUUCCUCUUCUUUGAACUACGACUUGCCCGCGUUUUUUGGGCGAGGAGGCCGGAUCAAUGCUCACUUCGCUCUCUAAACGAUCGGACAGAUCAGAGCCGUUGAUCGCUAAUUUGGGCCGAUACGGCCCAAAGGCCGAGAACAUAUGGGCCAAAAUUGGCGACAAUUUCAAGUGUAAAAAAGUACGACACAACGCAACUGCAGUGUGCGCUCCUUUCAAAAUCAUGGUGUAGAGCAACUAAUUGUUAGCAUUGUGGUAAUAAAAGGUGCAUGAGUUGCUGAUGCUCACCUAAAAUGAUCGCCGCCGCGGCCCUUCUCCUCCACCGCCGCUGCACGGACGCUGCAGGGCUCGUCUCGGCGCUCUACGAUUGCGCGCGGCGGCGGCCGCGCGAGGCGGGGGCGGUGCACGCGCUGCUCGUGACCUCCGGCGCGCUCCGCUCGUCCCCCUCCGCCCUGACCGCGCUCAUCUCCGCCUACUCCGCGCUCUCCCUCCCCGCGCUCGCCCUCCGCGCCCUCGUCGCCUCCCCUCUCCCCCCCAACCUCGUCUCCUUCAACGCCGCGAUCACCGCGCUCGCCUCCCACUCCCUCCCCUCCGCCGCCCUCGACCUCUUCCGCCGCCUCCGCCGCGCCCUCCCCGACGAACCCCCCGACGCCUUCUCCUUCCCCCCCGUCCUCCGCGCCUGCGCCGACCUCCCCGCGCCCCACGCCCACCUCCACCUCCGCGCCCUCCACGCGCUCCUCCUCAAGUCCCGACUCCACCGCGACCUCUUCGUCGCCAGCGCCCUCGUCCGCUCCUACCUCCGCCUCCGCCUCCCCGACGACGCCGCCCACCUGUUCGACGAAUUGCCCCGAAGGGACGUCGUCCUCUGGAACGCCCUGCUCAACGGGCUCGCCCAGCUGGGCCGCUUCGGGCCCGCCCUGGAGUGCUUCCGCCGGAUGCUCGGCGCGGGCGUCGCCCCGAGCAAGUUCACCGUCACCGGGAUCCUCUCCGUCUUCACCGCCACGGCCGAUUUGGGGAGCGGGCGAAAGGUCCACGCUUUCGCCGUGAAAGCCGCGCACGACCGCGAGGCCUCGGUCGCCAACGCGCUCGUGGACCUCUACGGCAAGUGCCAUGAGUUGGGGGACGCCACAGAGGUCUUCGCCUCGAUAGCCGACGACGACAGGGACCUCUUCUCGUGGAACUCCAUGCUCUGCGCUCUGCACUAUUCAGCGGACAACGUCGGCGUCCUGCGGCUCCUCGCGCACAUGCGGCGCUCCGCCAUUUGGCCCGACGCCGUCACGAUGGCCGCCGUCCUCCCCGCCUGCGCCCACAUGGCUGCGCUGCGGCUCGGCCGCGAAAUUCACGGCUUCCUCGUGACGAGCGGCAUGUUCGGCAACAACGGCGGCGGCUCGUUGGACGUGUUUGCCGCCAAUGCGCUGGAGGACAUGUACGCGAAGAGCGGCGCGCUGGAGGACGCGCGGCGCGUGUUCGACCGGAUGCCCGAACACGACUCUGCAUCGUGGAACAUCAUGAUCGACGGGUACGCGUCGCACGGGCGCGGCGGCGAAGCACUACGGCUGUUCGAUCGGAUGACGGCCGUCGAGAAGCUGGCGCCCGACGCGGUGACGCUGCUGGGGGCGCUGACAGCGUGCAGCCAUGCAGGGAUGGUGGAGGAGGGGCGCGCAUUGCUGCGGCGGAUGCGGGAGGAAUUCGCGGUGGAGCCCGAGGCAGAGCACUAUGCGUGCGCGGCGGACAUGCUGGGCCGGGCGGGGAGGCUGGAGGAGGCGAAGCAGGUGGCGGAGAAAGCCGGCGAGGCGGGGGCGUGGCGGGCGUAUUUGGCGGCGUGCAGGAUGCAUGGGGAGGCAGGGAUGGCGGAGGAGGCGGCAAGGCGGAUGCUGGGGUUCGAGGGGGCGGGGAGUGGGGGGUGGGUGUUGCUGGCAAACGCCUACGGCUCGGCGGGGAGCUUUGAGGGGUUGGAGGAGGUGCGAGGAGAAAUGAGGAGGAGAGGCGUGCGGAAGGCGGCGCCGGGGUGUAGUUGGGUGGAGGUGGGGGCCGUCGCCGUCGGCGUCGACGGCGCGGCGGCGGGGGAGGGGAGAACGGUGCAUGUGUUUGUGAGUGGGGAUAGGGAGCACCCGGAGAUGGAGAGGAUAUAUCAGAUGCUGCAUGGGCUUGUAGGGAGGAUGAGAGAGUGUGGCUACGUCCCCGAUUUAAAUAUUUAAACUAAACUUUACAAAAUUUAAAAUUUGAUUCGUUUCUCACUCAAAA